UUUUUAAGGAUCAAUCCUGACCCCUUUAAUUCCAUCUGUCAGCAACAUUCACUGACCACACCUGCCCCCUAGAAAUGCCAUCCCUGGUUUCUUCCUUUUUGUUUUUCAUCUUCAAUCUCUCCAAUUCCUCCUCCCAAUCCUAAACAUUUUCUUAGCCCUCUUUUUAAAUUUCUGUUCUCUCCACGACAGAGAUUUCAUAAUCAUUCCCAGCUUCAAUUGUCAAGUCUACAAAAAGGUAAUAAACUCUCUCCAGCCCUAAUAAUCCAAGCAUUUGACAAACACCUCAAAUCAACUCUAUAAUACUAAACAUUAUCUUAUACCUUAAAUCUGGCAAAUUUCCUUACUAUUUCUUUCUUUUUUUUUUUUUGAUGCUGGCACCAUCACUUUAGUCCCCCAAACUUUUGACUAUUCCAUUUGCUCUUUUUCCCCUACAUAAGACUAAAUACUAUCAGCUUCUCUUUGCAACAAUUUUCAAUCCUUUUUUAUUCACACUGUUCUUAUUUGUAGCCUUACAUCAACUGCUAAUUUCCUAAGUGGCCAACCUUCCCAGACAGGAGCUCCUCCAAUACAUAUGGCAGGCUAACAGCUUAAUCUUUCUGAAGCACUGCUUAAUCACAACCUUACUUCCACAGUUUUCUAAACAAAGUUCAAAAUGACACAGCUUUACCACUGGAUUCUGAAAUACAUUUUCAUUUUUACAUGGCCCCAAAUCAACACUACACUAAUCCAAUCUGGCUCUAUUUUUUAGAUUUUCAGCAUUUCCCCACUUCAAUGCUUUUCACACAUUCUUUUUUCUCUCCCUUGGAUUGUUCCCUCUCACUUUUGAGCAUCAAAAUUCUACCUGUCCUUUGAGAUCCAGCUUGAAGGCUUAGUCCUUACCUUAUUAUCCUAGAGUAAAAGUGAUCGUUAUCUCCUACAUUUCCACAGAAUGUAUCAAACUAUGACUGAGCUUACAUAUAUACUAUCAUAUUUCUUUCUAGCUCUUUAAGGAAGAGUAAAAGCACUACUAUUUACUGGAAAUCCAUUGGUCCAGAUUAUUCACAAAAAGCAAGUAUUAUCUUCCUCUUAAUUUGUAAAUGAGAAAAGAGCGCGGAAUAUAUUCAUUUUUCACUCUUUAGACCUCAGUCCUUUCCUAGAGCUUGCCAUCCCACCACACAACGUAAUUUACUUACCACCUCCUACUCGCAAUAAGUAUCGGUACUAUGAUAAGCGCAAGGGACACAGAAACUAAUAAAGCACAGGCCAGCCUUCAACAGAAUACACAGUAAUCUGUCUAGUUUAAGAACUUAACUCCAACAACCUGUUUUCACCUUGUUUCGAAUAAAAACCAUCAACUUCUAUGAAUUCUUAAUUUCUCUCUGGAGUUGAGUACUCCCUAUAGUCACUUCCCAGCGAGUUCGUCGCCUCCAGGAGGGCGCCCACGUGCACAAGGAAUAGAUGUAAACACUAUGCCUAGUCCAGUAGGUAGAACUGCUAAGGAAGAUCUCUGGUCACACACAAGCUACUGUGAAAUUAGCAGAGCUGUAGUCAAGUAGGUAGCCCCAGGAAACCAGCAUGGAGCUACCGCCCCAAGAGUAAACCAAAAGUAGCCCCUUAUACCUUGCAAACGGGUCCUGGGAUACGGUCUCUGUCUUCUUCCUCCACUUCUUCUGCGAUAACGUGCCGCUUAGCUGGCGGCCCGGCAACAUCUUCGUUUCUUUUUGGCUUCUUCGCCUGAACCGCCAGGCUUCCGCGCCGCUUCCUCUUGGUCGCCGCCAUCUUGCCUCACCACCGUCGCUCGUGGCUUUCUUUCCGGCUCUGCCGCUCGCUCCUCCUUCCGAUCUCUAUGGCACCGCUCUAUGCGCUCGCUCUCUGGUCCUCCUCCAGCUCUAUGGUGCCUUUUUCCGGUCUCGCGGUGCUGUUUGUGCGGCUCUCCCGGCUUCCUCCGGCUCUGUGGUGACGGUGGCCGAGGGGGAGGGCUGAUCUGAAAAGAGUGGCGGGAGCCGCUUGCUUCUCCCACGGUUUCCCGUCAACUGCCGGUCACCUCCCCAGGGACUUGGCUGGGAAAGACUCUCGGGCGUCCGGACCCCACCGCAAAGGUGUUUCGUGAUCUGUGGGAGCAGGUGUUGGGCCUAGCAGCACCCCUCAGGACCGAAUGUGCAGUGGACGAUGCCCCUCCUAACCCAGCAUAUCCAAGAUGAGAAUGAUCAGUACAGCUUAGUGGCCAGCCUGGACAACGUUAGGAAUCUCUCCACUAUCUUGAAAGCUAUUCAUUUCAGAGAACAUGCCACGUGUUUCGCUACUAAAAAUGGAAUCAAAGUUACCGUGGAAAAUGCAAAGUGUGUGCAAGCAAAUGCUUUUAUUCAGGCUGGAAUAUUUCAAGAGUUUACAGUUCAGGAAGAGUCUGUUACUUUUCGAAUUAAUUUAACUGUCCUUUUAGACUGUUUAUCUAUUUUUGGAUCAAAUCCUAUGCCAGGGACUUUAACUGCACUUCGGAUGUGUUACCAAGGUUAUGGUUACCCUUUGAUGCUGUUCCUGGAGGAAGGAGGAGUGGUGACGGUCUGCAAAAUCAAUACUCAGGAGCCUGAGGAGACACUGGACUUUGAUUUCUGCAGCACCAAUGUUAUUAAUAAAAUUAUUCUGCAGUCAGAGGGGCUCCGUGAAGCAUUUUCCGAAUUGGAUAUGACAAGUGAGGUCCUACAGAUUACCAUGUCUCCCAACAAGCCUUAUUUCAGGUUAUCUACUUUUGGAAAUGCAGGAAGUUCCCAUCUUGACUAUCCCAAAGAUUCUGAUUUGAUGGAAGCAUUUCAUUGUAAUCAGACCCAGGUCAACAGAUACAAGAUUUCUCUACUGAAACCAUCUACAAAGGCAUUAGUUCUAUCUUGUAAGGUAUCUAUUCGGACAGAUAACCGAGGAUUCCUUUCACUGCAGUAUAUGAUUAGAAAUGAAGACGGACAAAUAUGUUUUGUGGAAUAUUACUGCUGCCCUGAUGAAGAAGUUCCUGAAUCUGAGUCCUGAGUAUGAUAAUUCACUGUGUUAUUUUAUGUAUACAUUCAUGAUAGGUUAAGUUCUCAUUCUAAGUAUAGUAUUUUUAUAAUUUAUUAGAUUUUCUUUAGAGAAGCACGGAGAAGAUAGGAGCAAGGUCCCUGCACCCUAAUAGUUGCAAUGUAUUUUGUAAAAUGUUUUCAUGUUGUCAUAGAUUA